AGUUUUAGGCAAUCUUAGCAACAUGAAAGAUUAUUUUUAGUAGCAUGUUGGUAUGUGUUGAUAUAGUUAUCUGAAAGCCUAUUUCAGUAUUCUGUGUUGUUGGAAUAAAUUGAAGCAGGCAAUCAGUUAACAGAAAACACAGCACAAAAUAAUUUAAGUACUCAAAGAAGAUCUAACUAUCAUUAAACCAUUUUAAUAAAAUUAUAAUAAAACAAUUAGAGUGCAAACAAGACUUUUAACCAUAAAAAAAUGAAGUUUUUAUACUUAUGGCGUAAAAAAACUGGCUUCUUUAUUUUUUAUGGAAAAUGCAACAAAUCAGGCCGUGUAAUUUAAGUAGGCCAUGGAUAAAUAAAGUUUAAUUAACUGGUUUCUUAAUAUAAAUUAGUUUUUUUGAUUUACUUGACAAUUGAGUAUGGCUCAAUUACCCUCUGAAUUGUUUCAUGCGUUUCUUGAAGAAUUGUCUCUCAAGAAGUUAGAGAAUAGUAUGCAGGUUCUUGAAGAAAAUGGUAUUGAUGCUGAUGCGAUGGUGCUGGUUACCAUUGAAGAUUUAAAGUUAAUGUUUCCAAAGCUUGGAGAUUUUUUAAAGAUUAAGAGUGUAUUUUUAGCUAUAUAUUCUAAGAAUGUACAGCCUCCUUGUCUUAUCAAUACCAAUGAAGCAUAUAUACCUUUAGAAAGCUCUGCAUCUACAUAUACUGAUGUAAGACAGUCUAUUGAACCAACAACAACAAUCACAACAGAUCAAAUAAGUUUUAAUGUUGUCAGCAGUUCUUCUAGUUCACAUCAAUGUCAAUAUAAGUUUGACAUUGACUCUAUGUUGAAAGAUCACCCUAAAGGUGCAUCAAUCUUAUCCGAAUAUGAACGAACCGGACAGUUAGUCUUGAUGAAAGAUCUUUUUGUGCUUAUUAUUGUUGGAAAUCUUGUAAAAGAUAGUAACUGCUAUCCCAAUACAGAGAAAAAAAAGGCUUUAGCACUAGAAGUGAUAAACCGCUUUCCAACCUUAAGAAGUGGUAAUGGUGAUGGUUAUGAUGCUUACUUCAGACAGUAUGUUGAAGUAUUACGAAACGGAAAAGUUAAAAAAUAUUCCCCAUCAGGCUAUAUUGAAGAGCGUUUGAAAACGCUGAGAAAACAACUGCCAAUUACUGACAAGCCACACAAGCCGCAUCAGAAGCGCCUAAGAACAGAUGCAGUUGAUCUAGUCAAUGGACCCAUAACAGAGUAUUUUACAGAAGAUGAAAGGGUGCUCACCCAUGAACUUUUAAACGAGACACCUAACGAGAAUCGCAUAAAAAUUGUUAUGGCAUCAACUUAUGAAAGUCGCAGUCUCUGGGUGAGGGAAGGAAGACCUCCAAUAAAAACAUUUUUUUCAUCAUUUCCCCCAUUAAAAAAUAUUUACUCAUCUGCGUUUGAAGAGGAAUUCUGCAGAAGUGCACCCAACAGCAAACGGUUAGUGGAUGGGCUGGGAAACUGUUUUUCACGGAUCCUUUUGUAUGCCAAAGGAAAACGCAAAGGGUUGUCAACCGAUCUUACAAUAUUACUUGACGAAAUAGCAGCUAACAACAACCUGCUUGAAGAUACCAAAGAAGAAUACGCUCUAUUACUACUUCCACUUAUGUUAACGGUUCCUAUGCGAAAUCGGCAACGUGCCUCGGUUGCUGAAGUUUGCAAGCGAUUUAUCCAGCUUCAUCCUUAUGGAACUUCAAUGGACGAAAUUCUUUCUAAAAUCAAAAGUGACAGUAUUAAACAACCAAUAAUUAUUGCAUUGGGUGUAACUGGCAACAUUAGCCAAUCCUUUAUUGUUGUAGAAAACGAAGUUAUUGAAUCGCGUUGUAUGGUAUCUGCUGUUGAUAAGUGUUUCAAGCUACACUACAUCGGUCAAAUUGAGUACGACCAAAGUGUUAGCCAUGUUUGGCAGUUUUUGCAAGUGCAUUUUUAUGGGAUCUUAGAUAAUGUUCCUAUCUCAGAAUGUGUACGUGAUCUUGUUACUUUUUUAAAAGCACGUUAAAUAUAUUUGACACUCUUUUAAAUAAGCAACAUCUGCACACAUUGUGAUAUAGAAAAAUUAUUAAUUGUUAUUCAAAUGCACGCAUCAACAAAAUCUUUUUUAUUUUAUUUGCAGUAUAUACUAAAAA